GCUGGCUUCUGACCUGGCUGUUGCAGUUAAAAAAAGAAUUCAGCGCAGCAUUUUGUAAUUUUGGAUGUAAACAGCCUCAGAAUGUCAGUAGGCAGCUUGGAUGUGAUCUAUAUCGUGAUGGACUCGGUUAUUGGGAUACUUGCAGUGGUGGGCAAUGCCUUGGUGAUCUGGGCAGUGAAGCUGAACCCAGCUCUUCAGAAGACCACCUUCUUGUACAUCGUUUCCCUGGCGUUCACUGACUUUGCCAUGGGGAUCCUUGUCACGCCACUGGCUGUCUUGGUGAGCCUGGGGGUCCCCAUCCAUUUCUACUCCUGCCUCUUCAUGUGCUGCCUGAUGAUGAUCUUUUCUCAUGCCUCCAUCCUGACUCUCCUGGCCGUCGCAGUCGACAGGUACCUGCGCGUGAAGCUGCUAAUCAGGUACAGGGCAGCCGUCACAAAGAAAAGGAUUUGUGUGAUCCUGGGACUCUGCUGGCUCGUGUCUGUGCUGGUGGGGCUGGUCCCCAUGCUGGGGUGGCACCAGCACAUGGGCAGCUCCAGCUACAUCGAGUGUCACUAUUUGGCUGUGAUGAGAAUGGAUUACGUGGUGUAUUUCAGCUUCUUCACCUGGAUCCUCCUUCCCUUGCUCAUCAUGUGUGCCCUCUACACCGAGAUUUUCUACAUCAUGUGGAUCAAACGAAGCCUCAGCUCAGCAAGGCCUCUGGGAGGAGGAACAGUUUGUGGGAAGGAAUACAAAAUGGCCAAAUAUCUGGCCCUCAUCCUCUUCUUGUUUGCGAUGUCUUGGCUGCCUCUGGGCAUCCUGAACUGCAUUUCGUACUUCUGCCCCUCCUGCGCCAUCCCGCAGCCCCUCAUGUACCUGGGCAUCCUGCUGUCUCACGCCAACUCAGCCAUGAACCCCGUCGUCUAUGCCUUCAAACUACAGAAGUUCAAAGAAACCUACGUUUUCAUUCUGAGGACUUACAUCCUGCUCCAGAAGUCGGGGUCAGUUAUUUCUAGCGCAGAGCACGCAGCGGAGCUGGAAGCGAGCACCGUCUGAGCUCCUCAGCCUGUCUGGGCUGGAUACGACGACUGAAACAGCGUGGAAGCAACAGGAGCGGGGUGAAAACGGCACAGACACCAGGACACAUGUCUCAGAUCGUGCAUUCUGGAGCAACAGUUGUGUGUGUGUGCCCGUGUUCAGAGAAGUGACAGCUCUGGGCAGUGCAAUGCCGAGCACGGGUUCCCAGCUGACUGCCAGAACAAAGAAACUUUGCAUUUCCGAAGCGAAAGGUGUGAGAGGUUUGGAACAGAGUGGCAGCUCGUCGGGGGAGUGCUGGGUGCGGGGGACAAUUAGCGUUGCUCAUGUUAUGGGUGUUUUGCUCUGUUCAUAAAAAGCUGUGCUGGUUUGUGCGACACAGCAUUAAUUUCUCUUUUACUAAUUUUACUUUUCAGCAAGGGCUCUUCUAAUAACGCUUGGGAAAACUGCACUUUUAGGAGACUCUAGUGUCUGAAUUUGUGAAAAUAUUUGCUUUACAGCCAGCUCUGGGGUGCGGGUUUCAAGAUCUGAGUGUUUUCGAGCUCUCCAGGUGCGGGGAUGAGGAGGAGCGAGACCCAAGCAUUUGACCCAAGCUGCCAACAGGAUUAUUUCAUACCAUGAAUGGCACAUUCCAUAGAAAUUAGAAAGUUUGCUGUGUAGUGCUCUCUCUCCCUUGAUGGCUGCCAUCCUGAGAACUCCUCGCCCCGGUGCCGGACCCUGAGCCCUUCCCUUCCUCUCGCAGCCGCAGCACUC